AUAUAAGCACCAGUCGCCUAUUAAACAUCACUCACAAUCCGUGAAACAACUAACUUUACCACCAUGGUCAAAGCUAUUCUUUUCGUGUGCGCAUCUGCGCUAUUCGCUCAGUGCGCUCUGGGACAGUGCCUCGGUCGCAUCGGCACUCCGCUAGCCGCUCCUUUGGGUGCUCGCUCUGCUUUGGCCUUCGACGGUCUCGCUUAUGAUGCUUGGGGCUACGACGGCCUCACUGGCUGGAACGCCGGCCGUCUUGGUUGCGGCGCCUACGGACCCGCCGCAGACAUCGCCGCCGCCAGCACUCUCAACGCCGCCUACGGUGGUGGUCUGCCCGUCGCCACUGCCUCCCCCGCUGCUCCCACCGGUCUCGCUGUCGCCUCUGAGAACGUGUACGAGGGUGCUGUCGCCGUGGCCGGUAACCUGCCGUUCCUCGGCACCGUCGCUAUGGAGGGAGUGUUCCCGACCGCCGGUGCCGGCGCUGUGUCGUACGGUUGCGGUGACGGUGCCGUCGCCAUCACCGCCGAGGGUCCCAUCGCUGGCCCCGCCGCCAUUGCUCCCGCCAUGGCCCCGCUCGGCCUUGCUGCUGUUGGCCCCGCUGCCAUCGCUCCUGCCGCCGCUAUCGCCCCCGCUAUGGCUCCUCUUGGCAUCAGAGGAAUCGGUGCCCGUGGAUGCGGUUGUGGUGCUCCCUACCUUUACUAAAAAAAAAAAAUCAAAAACAAAUAAAAGUUAAAAAAUA